GUGUUUUGCUUACUCUUAUUUUCUUUUUUCUUUUCCCCUUUUUUCCUGGUGAUUGGAAUCGUGCAAUGACGUUGUUACAGCUUUGGUCCUCACCAUCUGAUUCGUACCAUUUCCCUUCACUUUUGUGAUCUGUGGAUGGACAUUUCUUCGUCAAAAUUUAACAUGCUGGUUCCACCUGGAUUUUCUUUUUCACAACUCCCCCAGCAGAAAGAAUUGUCUCUAAUCUGGUGGGGAAAAAAAAUCUUAAUCCACAUUUGUCUGGUAACCAUAAAUGGUGAAUUGGUCAGAUCAGAUUCUAAUUGAUAGAUUUUUAAUCUAUUUUGUAUCCCAUCCAACUCUUAUAUGAUCUGACCCAUCCAAUUGCCACUCCUACCUCUAACAUUGGAACCCCACCUAAUAUGAUAAAGCUGGCAGGCUAAUGCAUAUCCAUGAACCUACCAUUCCAAUCCUUAAAAUUGAAACCAAGGUCCCGAAAGGUUGUUGACCCCAAUCGGGCAAAGCCUUUCUAUGCUAUUGGGUUUCUGCCAAAGAUCCAAAAUAAACAAGCAAUUGAAUACUGAGAGGUGUGCAACUCUUAGAAGAAAUUCCACUGGAAUGAACCAUUGAGUCUGCACUUAACGGGAAUAGAGAAAUAAUAACCAACCUCAACAUCCAAGUCCUCUUCCUUUCAGAGGCCAAGUUCCACACUCCACUGAUAACAAAGAAAAGACCAUCUGUCUUCCACCAGUUGAAUCCAUGGUCUUCAUGUUAAAUUGGAAGUCUGCCUAAUAUAAGUCUAACAAAGAGAAGCCAAACUCUUGAAAACCCACAUUAUUUGAACCUUAUAAAUAUAUCAACAAUAGCAAACCUUUUAACCACCAGCCGAGUUAAUCUCUCAAAAUUUGUUAAAGAUGCAGUCCGGCGAGAGCAAAUGGAUGGCGAUGUUUCUGCUGUUGUUUGUGGCAAUGACGGAAAUGGGAGGAGCCAUGGCCCAAAACAAGCUAGUUUGUAUCAAACGAUGGAGCCCAUGCUAUCGUAAAGUUAUCAGAUGCCCAAAGGAGUGCCCAUACACAAAACCGAAAGACCCGAAGGCCAGAGCUUGUUCCCUGGACUGCUACUCUCCCAAAUGUGAGGCUGUGUGCCAAGGUCAUAAGCCCAACUGCCAAGGCCUAGGGUCUGGAUGUCAUGACCCUCGCUUUAUUGGUGCUGAUGGUGCUGUGUUUUAUUUUCAUGGGAGAAAGGAUGAGCACUUCAACCUAGUCUCCGACCCUAACGUCCAGAUCAAUGCUCGCUUCAUUGGCCUUCGGCCUGCCGGAAGGACCCGCGACUUCACUUGGAUUCAAGCUCUUGGGUUCAUGUAUGGUUCUCACAGCUUCACUGUUGAGGCAGCUCAUGUGAAGCAAUGGAGCAACAACGUCGAUCACCUGAAGUUCUCUUACGAUGGAAAGCCUUUGCUGGUCCCAGAAGGACACCUCUCUGAUUGGAAGUCACCAGAUAAAGAGCUGACUCUGGAGAGGACAGGAACCAGAAACAGCAUCAUGGUCAUGCUUGAGGGGAUUGCUGAGGCCAUGCUCAAUGUGGUUCCAAUUACCAAGGAAGAUGAUGAGAUACACAACUAUCAGAUACCAUCAAAUGAUUCCUACGCACAUUUGGAGGUGCAGUUCAGAUUCUUUGGGCUCUCACCUCAAGUCGAAGGAGUUCUGGGAAGAACAUACCGUUCUGACUACGAGAAUACAGUAAAGCGAGGCGUACUGAUGCCUGUAGUUGGUGGAGAAGACAAAUACAAGACUUCGUCACUCCUCUCUGCAGACUGCAAGCUGUGUUUGUUUUCUCCCAAGGAAGAUAACGAGAUGGAGUUGCACAUCCUACGCUGAAGAUAGUAGAUCCAAAGAAAAGUGAAGUAAAUUUGUAAUAAGAGAGAUUCUUUGACAUAAAUUAAGUUCAUAAUGUUGCUUAUAUAUAUUGUCUUAAGAAUAAAAGAUGUGUGAAUCCCGUCGAUAAACAAAAGUACCUGUGUAUUUAUAAAAUGGGCGUUUACCAUGUAAUCUAUAAGAGCUUCUCCUACAUCUCGAGCUGGAUGCACCAUAAUGCCAUUCAAGCUUCCACCGUUUCCAUGUGCAGCUGCACCUGCAUAUUGUGGAUUAGGAACAGGGAUACAGGGUAAACCUUCUAUUAAGGACUGCAAGACCUCAG